UACACUAGUAGUACAUCUUUGCGCGUUGUCCCACUCGGGAGUGUUUGUGAAGUGUGCGUUUCUUUUUCAUCGUUCGCGUUCAACCGCGUUUCGUUGAACGGUGUGGCAACGCUUUCUGGCGUUUAUUACCGAAUAGCGGGAGAAAGCUGUGUCGGAGGGCAGCAUCAGUGCAGUGUUUACAGGAAAAAACAAACAGCAAAAAUAAAGAGAAACAAAAGUUUAAAGAACUGUUUAACCAUCCGGUCGGUGAUACAGCCGGAAGAAAAGAGUUUCCGUCACGGAUCGUAGCAUCGAAGGGCUCGACACCGAGUUCCGGACCGGCUGUCGAUCGUGUUAUUACACCAGCGUAGCACAGCAAGAGUCGACAGUAAAUAACACUAAAAGAAAACGGACCGUCCAAAAACGCCAUUAGACUUUAGAGAGUGUGUAUCGUACAGCACAGCACGUCAAUCAAAUUGACCCAUCCACUUCCGGUCGGAGGUUUGGUUGCAGCUCGUAGUGGAUAGAUAGGCGGCAACACACUACGAACAGCUCGUACCGGAACAGGUGGCCAGUAGCGCUUUGUGGCGGUGAAAAUUUGAACCAGCGCGAUGGAGCUCUCUCGGAUAAAAACCCUUUACUGUGGGUUAAUAUUUCAGCUACUUUUCACACUUGCCCUUCCACUGCCAUACACGAAGUAUGGACGUACCUGCAGCGAUAUCGGUUGUCUGUCCAGCCAGGUGUGCGUGAUGGCUUACGAGUCGUGCUCCCUUGGGCAACGCGAGGGUAACGAAUGUGGCCGUUACCCAACCUGCAAAAAGAACACGGAUCCCAGUCUCAGUGCCGGCCCGAGCGAGGGAAUUAGCAACGUGUACAACAACGGUCCAAGGCCUUCUGCUCCGGCUGGACGUCCUGGCAAUGGUGGUGCUGAUGACGACGAUGUGCUUGGUACACUUGGUUUGAAUCCUAACAAUCCUUACGGUCAGCGACCCACACCUCCGCCUGCACGCCCGCCCUCAUCCGGCUCUUCGCUGUAUCCAUCUCUGCCCACGGAUAACAACCCCGGCAAUCGUUACGGAGGAAACAAUGGUGGUGGUGGCUACAAUGGUGGUGGUGCUGGCGACUCCUACAAUAGAGGUGGUGCUGGAGGAAAUUCUGCGCAUGGCGGUGGUGGUCACUUUGAUGGUGCUGGUGGAAAUAUUGUCGUACCCACACGUAAACCGGCCGAACCCAGUGGUGGAUUUUUCGGUGGUAUCCUCAACGGUGUACAGAAUGCUGUCUCGAACGCGGUCAAGCAACAGAUCGGUACCUACAUUAAUCAACGAUUGGGCAUUGGACCGGCGGCGGGUGGUGCUGCUGGUGCCGGAGGUGGUGGUGGUGCCGGUGGUCUUGGUGGGCUGUUCGAUGCACGCAAUCUGAUCGACAACAAGCGUUUCGGUGGUUUGUUUUCGGAAAAUAAACCAGCAGGAAGUGCUGGAACCGGUACGGCGGGUACAUCUUCCGGUGGUACUUCCAUCGGUCCCGGUGGAUACCCGGUAACCGUUGAUCAACGCAUGUCGGCCAGCAACUACAACCAACAGUACGCCCCGGCACAACCGGGUCAAGCGGCAUAUCCUCAAAGUUACGGUAACUACAACACGGCCAAUACAGCACGUGCUCGUUCAACGGAACGUCCCGCCUAUGGAUGGAAUCUGAACUAGUGACACACUAGCCUUCCCCUCUUGGCGACGAACGUGAACCUAGCAAAUGGUCACAUAAUAAAAUACUCCCCACAAUGCACAAAAGUGCACUUUUUGCCCUAUAAUAAUCACCAGCUAAAUACUGUUCUCUGAACAACCAAAUCAAUGCCCCAUCGCAUCGUUGACGUGUCUCUCUGCCGAUCGUAACGCCCUCUGCCAUGCAAUGUACAGAAACAGUUGAUGAUCGCAGAUCGAUGGAAUACGAUGAUGAGCGUUUUUGAAACAUUAUGGUUUUGCUUUGUUUUGUGUCAGUAUGUAUAACAAAACAGAAAAAACAUUUUUACAAUCGCAUGCAUAUUAUAUAUUGUUUUACACCGUAACAAAGCUUUGUGACUAAUAAAACUAAUACUCAAAAAGUA